AUGAGUCAUCAACAAAACUUUUCAUAAACUCUUUGGGAUUAAUUCAAACUCUCACUAUUUAAGUAUACAUAUAAAUUAACUCUAGUAUUGCUUAUAAAAUUGUUGGUCAAAACAACCAAUCUUUAUAAAUUACUAUUUUGUUAUCUCUCAUCUAGUUUAUUCAGCUUAUCUAUUUACCUUUUUAAAUAUAGAUUUAAUUUGCAUGGCACAAUAUUGUUCUAUCAGGAGAAAUCUAAAAAUUUUUAUAGUAUUUUACCAUUUUAAGAAUCCUUAACUAAUAAAAAACUUCUACUUAUUUAAUAGCAAUGUAUUUUGCUAUAAGCGUUAUACUCUUGAUUGCAAUUUUAGUAUUUUUAGCAGCAAUCUUAGAAUAAUUAUUAAAUAACAAACUUCUGAUUAUGACAUUAAGUAUUGCUUUAAAAUUCUUAAUGACUGUGGGAUUCGUCGAAAUUUUACGAUUACAUUUUGGAGUAUACUUUAUAUAUAUUAAUUUAGUUUUUAGUUUGUAAGAGAGAUCAAAAUGGAUAAUUAAAAAUGUUGUAUACAACAGAUUAAAUAUGUUGGACUGGUAGUUAUAUUAUACAUGCAUGUAUUGUAAUUUUUUCAAUAAUGAUUAUGUUUUUAAUUGUGGUUAUUGGAUCUAAAUUAUUUAUUGAGAUUAAAAAUAAUAAAAAGAACUCAUUUUCUAUGAAAGAAGGAUCUACGUAUACUUUUAUGUUUUUAUAUGCAUCAUUAUCAAUGUUAACAUAUUCAAUUGUAGAAUAGCCAAAAUAUUCUAUAAUAGUAAUUUUAAUUCAAUUUAGUACAAGUUUUCUCCUUUUUUAUAAAGUACAUUUCAAAAAACCUUUUUAUAAUAAGAUUAUUUAAAAACUAUGGUCUGUAAUUAGUGGUUUAAUUUUUUACACAAAUUUUAUGCUUUUAGCUUCUUAUACUUUUGAACAUAUAAUUUUCAUAGAUACAUUGAAAGGAUGGAUUGUAACUAUGCCAAUGCUUUUGAUUAUUUUAUUGUAAGAUGAAAAAUAAACUAUAAAUUUAAUAAAAGCCAAUAUGAUUGAACAACUUUCUAGUUAAGAAAUAAUAUAACUAUCUGAAUUUUUAAUUGAAUUAUGUGAAUGUUAUGAGAAGGAUAAAAAUAAAGAGAUUCUUUUAUUAGGUUUCUUGGAGGUUCAUAAAUUUACUUGUUUAAAUCCUAAAUGUGCAAUUAAAGUAUCUGCUGAAAUGUCAAAGAAAUUUAAAGACAAUCAUAUAUAUACAGAUAAAAAAAUGAUAUUAAAAGAAAUUAUUCAGUAAAUUUAUUAACUUGGCAUUCAAACUUAUCCACUUAAUGUUGAUUUAAAAUUAAAUUAUUCAUAUUUUCUAUUAGAAUUUAAAUAAUAAGGAUAAAAGGCUUUAAAAGAAGUAGAUAUAGCUGAAAUGGGUUGUCCAUCUUUUGAAUAAUAGUUUUUAAUCUUUAAAAUGAGAAAAAUAAUAGAUGAUACCUAUUAAAAAUCUACAAUUGCUGUAAAUUAAAUUAAAUACAUCUAAGGGAAAGAUAGAAACAUUAAAUAUUAAUUUAAAUAAAUUAAAUAAUUGUCUGAAGAAUGUGCUUAUUAAAAAAUUUCAUUUUGGAGUACACUAUUAGAUGAGAAUCCAAAUUUAUAAUUAUUAUAAAAAUAUGGAAAUUUAAUUCUUGAAACUAUUCAGACAUUAAAAAAAAAAUUAUUCAAACUUUAAAGAAAUAUUCCAUUAGAUCCAUAAAUUUAAAGAUUAAUAGAAAAAUUUUCAAAAUAUGUUCAUAAUUUAGAUCAUAAUAAAAAUAUUCAAAAUGCAAAUAAAAAGAAGUUGCCAUCUUAAUAAUCAGAACAUUAAUAUUUAAAAAAUUAAGAGGAAUUAACAUCGUACUCAUAUCCUGUUUUAGUUUUGGAAUUAUUUGGUAAUUGCAACUAACCUACAAUAAUUAGAAACAUAAAUUAGUCUUUCCACUCUUUAUUAGGAUAUUCUAAAACUGAUAUUAUUGGAAAACCAUUGUCAUUAAUCUUAUAAAAUACGUAAUUAAAUUAACCUAUUAGUAAUAUAGAUAUUUAAAAUUGCAUAAUGUUUUUGUCUAAAGUUAUUUUUCUUAAUUAAGAUAAGAUUAAAUAUAAGAAAAUUAGGAAAGAAUCCAAUUUUUAAUUUAAAAAAAUAAAUAUGUUCUUUAAACUUUUAGUAUUAAUUCAAUAUAUACAACUGAUAAAGGUAUUUUUUAGUUUUGCAGAUUAAGAUAAGAUUUAUGUUAUAAUAAUUGUGCUUAUUUAAUUUUUACAUUAGAAGGUAAAAUAGAAAGUAUAUCACCAAGUUGCAUUAGUAUUCUGAACUUAGAUAUUCGUUUGUUAUAAAUUCGAUAAUUAACAAUUUAAAAAUUGUUUCCAUAUCUAAUGGAUAAUAUAGAUGAUUAUAUAAAUAAGAUGAAUUAGAUUGUUUUUGAAAAUAAUAUUAAUUCACUCAGUAAAAGUUCAGAUUUUGAAGAUUAAUAAAAUGAUUAAUGUGUUUCAUAACUUUAUUAUGCAUAACUAUAUGAGAUAUAAGCUAAAAAUUAUUAAUUUCCUUCAAUAGAAUAACGUCCAUAGAUUUUUGGAUAUUAUUUGAAAGUAUAAAUAAAUGAAACUUUUGUACCGAAAGAGAAUUAUCUUAUAAAAAGAAAUAAACUUACUCACUAAUUCAAAUUUUCAAUUGAUUAAAAUUCAUAUAUAUGUAAAUAUUAUUAUUAUUAUAAUAGUUGAAUAAGUUAGUUAAACAGCAUCAUAAUAUGAAUCAAUUAAAAAUGAUAGUGAACAACAAAUUUAAGAAGAACCAAAAGAAUUUGUGAUUCUUUAAUAAUAAAGUUUUCCUAGUAGAAAAUAGUUUUCAAUGACUAUUUUAAAGUAAGGCUUAGGUUGCGACAUUAAAACAAUGAGAUUAUUUAAAGGAGAAAUCAAAGAGAUUAUUGAUUUAGAUUAAGAGGAUGAAGAAGAAGAAUAAAUAAGAGAAAAAACUUAAAAAUUAUAACUUGAAGAAUAAAAAGAGUAAUAUCAAUAAAUAAAAAUAUAAAAUUAGGAAGAUCUAAUGUAUCAUCUCUUAAAUGUUCCUUACUCUCCACUUCUUAAGAAACUUAUUUGUAUUCUUAAUACUUUAAUGAUCUUAAUGUUUGCUAUUGCUGUAGGGAUGUAUUUGGUUAUUAUAUAAACUUAUAAUUAAUUUUAAUCAGCCAUUGACUUAUUUGCAGCCUCAAAUUAGAGAUUUGCAUCAAUUUUAAAGAUUUAAUCCAAUUUAUAAGAUUUAAGAGGGUGUUAUUUAAAUUUAGAAUAAUAUUCUAUGAAAUCAACUGGUGGUAAGUUUGUACAAUUAAAUUAUGUUGAAUUAAGCCAUGAAUUAGAAGUUUUAUUAGAAACUGAUAAAAUAUUAACAUCAGCUAAUGUUUAAAUUAACUAGGAUUAUUAAUCAAUUAUAAAUGAAUUUUAAUCAUCCAAUGUUUAAAUGUUCACUAAAGAUAAUUCAUAUCAAAAUUUUACUUUUACUUAAGCUAUAGAAUAAAUGAUAUCUAAAGCUAUUACUUUAAAUAAUUCAAACAUAACAAGCUUUAUUGAUGAAAAUGAAGACUUUCAUUAUUAUCUUCAUAAUACUCUUAACUCUAUCCCUAAGUUUUAAUUAAUCUCUCAAACUUAUUAUUACUCUAAUAUUUAAAGUUUAAUAGAUGAUUUAUAUAUUCAGGAAAAUUCAUUUUUUAUUUUACAAUUUUGUUGCUUAAUAUUUAUAUUAAUAUUUUUUUAAAUUUACAUAUAUUUUCAUCAAAAGUAAAUAAAAGAGAUUAUUGUAUUGUUUUUAGAGAUUAGAGAAAAUUAAGUAAAAAAGAUGAUCAAUUAAUUUUAAAUGUAUUUAUAAUUGUUACAAUUAAGUGAAUAUGAUGAAGUAAUAUUUAUUACUAUAUAAGAUUGAAUCAAUAGAAGAUGAAGCUGAUGUGUAAGAGGAAUAAGAUUAUUAUUUAGGAUAAUCAAAUAAAUUUAAAAAAAGAGAAUCAGUAUUUUAAAUGUAUAAUUAUUAAAAAGUACAAGGGAAUUUCCUAUUCUUUUUUACUCUUUUUAUUACGUAUUUUACCUACUUGUACUUUUCAUCCACAGUAUUAUAUUGAAUAUUAAUAUUUAGAUUAUUGCUGAAUAAACAAAUUCAUUGGUUCCUUUAGUAAAUUUAACAUCUUUUAUGCCAACUCAAUAUAGGUUAAUUGACAAUAGUAUUAAAGAGAUGCUUUAUGAUGAAAAUGCCAUCUUAUUUAAUUAAAUAAAUUCAUUAUAGAAAUUAAAAUAAGAAUUAGAAUCUAUCUAACUUUUAGAUGCUGAACUUCAUGAGUUGAAUUAAAAAAAUGAAUUCAUUUUGUCAGAUUAAUACAAAUAGAUUUUUGAUGAUAUUUACAUAUAAAAUCCAUGUGAUAUUAUUAUGGCUAAUGAUCCAUCUGUGAAUUCUACAGCAUGCUUAAAUUUUAAUAAAGAUAUUUUAUAAGAAGGUCUUGCAGUUGCAAUCACAAAUUUUAUUGAAAAUGCAGAAUAUAUGUUACAACAAUAUUCAUUCUAUAAUAAAAAUGCUAUAUAUAAUAAUUUAACCUUCAAUAUCAGUUAAAAUCAUAGAAAAAAUUACACAUGCAAUAUUUAUAAUACAAGAAAUGGAAAUGCAAAUAGAAAAAUGCAAAAGGUAUUUAUUAGGAUUUGUCAUAUGUAAUUAUUAAAGGAAUUAUAAAGUUAUUUAAAUGAACAUUAUACAGAUUUAUAACUGUAAUUAACUUCAUUAUUUAUGAUAUUUUGUGCGAUUUCAAUUUUAAUAUAUUUUUUUGUCUGGAUUCCAUUACAAUCAAGAUUUUAUAGUGAAUUCAAGACAGCUAGAGAAAUACAAUCACUUAUUCCGAUAGAUCUUUUUAAUAAUUGUCAAUCAUUAUAAACAUAUCUUAGAUAUAUUAAAGAAACUUUUUUUUAUUGA